AUGUCAUUCGAUCCCGGAUACGAGGAUUCCUCCGGUUAUCUCCAAGCACCCAUCACCCAGGCCACUUACCUCCCCAAAGAAGUGAUGACCAGCCUGAUCAGCAUCAAAAAGCUGACACCGCAAAGCAGCAGCACAAGCUGGGGCAACGAAAUCACCAAUCUCGAAGCCCUGAUCGACUCCAACAUCCCAAAACCAGACGCCUCCGACAUAAACUUUCAGCGCUGGAAGUACUGGACCGGAAUCGUGGCCAACUGGCUGCUUAACCAGGUGGACGACUCGCUUCAGAGAAUAGUCAAAGUCCAGACCACGAUGCUGACUUACGCGGACGAAGUCUUCAAAACGAUCAAGCUGUUGAGCGCGGGCAAUCACCGCUCGUACGUGGAGCACGAGCUGGCAAAGUGGCAGAACAUGAAGCGCAGCGAACACCAAACUGCCAUUGACUUCAUCAUGGCUUAUCAGAAUCAGUUCAAUCGUCUGAAAAUCGAGGGCGAGGAAGAGCCCUGUGGGAUGGCGCUUGGAAGACUUCUACAAGAGCUGCAGGGCGAGCAUAUUCGGAUUCAUUUCAUUCGGGAGGAGGUGAAUGACAGGGACCGCCCUAUUGAUUACCAGCUCUUCAAUUACUACUGCAGGCUGCUGAUUAGCGAGUUCCGCGCUAACCGGAAUCUUGAGUUAGGCUUGGGGGGUGACAAUGAUGGUUCUGGGGGAAAUGGAGGAGACGGAAGUGGUCGCGGCAGUCGCAGCAGUUACAGUGGAGGAUCGGCGAGUGGACGGGAAAUGUCUUACAAAGGCUGGCGGAAGGGUAAUCGGCAGACGAAGCAGCCUCGUUGA